CCUUCCAGGUUCUACGAGGAUCAGGAAAUUGUAAAAGACACCGCCUCCACAAAAUAUCGCUUCAAGAAAGAAGGGAAGAAGCACACGCUCAUUAUCCAGGAAGCGACACUCGACGACAUCGGAAUGUACCACGCUUGGACAAAUGGGGGCCAUACCAAGGGAGAGCUGGAGGUGGAAGAAAAACAACUGCAGGUGUUGCAGGACAUUGCUGAUCUGACAGUGAAGGCAAGCGAGCAGGCUUUGUUCAAGUGUGAGGUGUCUGAUGACAAGGUCACCGGCAAGUGGUACAAGGACGGAGUGGAAGUGAUGCCCAGCGAACGCAUCAAAAUGACGCACGAAGGAAGGUAGAGAGGAGAGAAAUGCAGGGG